AUGGGUGAUGAGUGUAGUAGUGUACAUAACAAUGGAGCAAAGAAAAGGAUAAAGAAAAAUUAUGGCAGCUCUCAUAAUAUACUGCUUGUGGGUGAGGGAGAUUUCUCUUUUGCUGUAUGCUUAGCAAAAGCAUUUGGUACUGCUGAGAACAUGAUUGCCACCUCUUUUGAUUCCAAAGAGGUAUUGAUGACUGAAUAUUCGAAUGCCAUGAGCAAUUUGAAAGAACUGGAGGAUCGAAGAUGCACUGUUUUGCAUGAUGUGGAUGCCCAUACUAUGAAUCGACACCCUCACCUUCGUUCGAAAUUGUUCGACAGGGUUGUCUUUAAUUUCCCUCAUGCUGGUUUCACUUGGAAGGAGCAUAAUGACUACCAAAUUGAGCUUCACCAGGAGUUGGUUAGGGGAUUCAUGAGGAGUUCAAUUGAGAUGCUGACAGAGAAAGGAGAAAUUCACAUUACCCACAAGACGGCUUACCCUUUCAAUAGAUGGGAGAUAGUGGAGUUAGGAAAAGAGAUUGGGCUGUUUUUGCUUGAGGAAAUGGAAUUUGAAAGAUGGUGCUAUCCAGGCUACAUUAAUAGGAGAGGGUCGGGGACUAGAAUCGACGAGACAUUCCCUGUAGGAGAAUGUUCUACUUUCAAAUUCGCCAAGUGA